AUGACGAGCUUAAAUAGCGAUACACACGAGUCGCAAUGUUUCAAUCGCAAAAUUGGUCACAGGGUCCAAAUCCAGGAAGUAUAUGUAUGCUAUUCUGUGGUAUACAGGCCUUGUAUAUUACUGAUCAACGAUGAAUCCAUCCCGGUGAGGACGCAUAGUAAUCGGCUGGAUCAGCGGCGGUCGUAUCUCCUGGGCGUUCUCCAGCAGAUUGACACCGAGCCCCGGACCAGAUGGUAUAUCAACGAAGCCGUCCUUCGGCAACGGGACGUGGUCGACGAUGUCGCUCCCGAGAUGGGUGGUGGUGGAUUCAAAAACGCCCUUCUCGAACCCGGUCGAAUACUCCUGGAUGGCAAAGUUAGGGAUGGCUGCAGCAACCUGGAGACACGCCGCAAGGCCGAUCGGGGAAAGCGGGUUGUGAGGCACGACUUGGACGUUGUGCGCCUCGGCCAGGGCGGCGACUUUUUUCGCACCGGUGAUCCCGCCGCAGAGGGCGACGUCGACGCGCACGAAUUCGAGCGCGUUGCGGGAAAGAAGCGCCUGGAACUCGUAUAUCGUGCAGAAUCGCUCGCCCGUGCCGAUGGGGACCGAGAUUCGAUCCGCAACCCGGGCCAUGGCGUCGGCGCUCUCCGGGCGGAUGGGAUCCUCGACGAACAUGGGGCAGGUAUCGGCGAUGCCAUUGCAGAAGGUGAUUGCCUCGGCGGGGGUCAAGCGGCGGUGGAGCUCGAUGAGCAGAUCGACCUCGUCGCCCACGAUGGCGCGGAUCUUUCGCACGUUCUCGAUGGCAUCCUGCAUCUUCUGGAUGUGCGUCUUGAAGUAGAUCUUGUCGUUGCCCUCGUCGAGGAAGGGGUUGAUGUGGCCAAACGCCGUGAACCCGAGGUCUUUCUUCCGCUUGCAUUCUUCGAGCACCUUUUCGAUCGUCUUCUCGUAGACGUGGCCGUAGACGCGGGCUUUGGUCCGACAUGCGCCCCCGAGCAGCUCGUAGAUGGGCACGCCAAGCGCCUUGCCCUUGAUGUCCCAGAGAGCGAUGUCGAUGGCAGAGAUGGCGGCGUUGAUGGCCUGGCCCUGGAAGUAGCUGAACCGGUGCAUCACGUUCCAGUGGUGCUCGAUGUCGAAGGCCCUCUUGCCGACCAAAUACUCGGCGAAGCGUUCGAUGGCAGCGCCGGCGGCGGCGAUGUGGCCCCAGUUGCCUGCCUCGCCAUAACCGACGAUGCCCUGGUCGGUCUCGACGCGGGCGAACAUGAACUGCCCGACGUGGAGGGCCUUGACGGAUUUGAUGAUGGCAAAGACCAUAUCCGAGUCUCCUCAUCGGCGCAUUCUAGCGCCGUGAUCCAGAUAAUUCAGCCCCAUCAGCUAUUAUCUAGCACCGUCUCGUCUCGUCUGAGAUGCUCCGAUAACGGUGACUCAGUGGGCACAGCAAGAUCAAGCUGGAAGGAGUACUCCAUCCAGACCGGAGACCUCUCCGAGCAAUGUACGGAGUAUCGAUACUAUGCUAUCAUCAUUGGAGGCGUUGAUCGCUGCCCCAGCAGCCGGAAUAGCGUUUUCUCCCGAGCGCCGGCGAGAGCUUUCCCCGCAGACGGGAUAAGCCUCUAUUCCGUCGAGUCGGACUCGCAAGUGCAACUGAGUCCUGACGCACCGGUGCAUCAUCUCCGCAAAUCAGCAAUAAUGCGUCUAGCGUCCGUCCUGCCGUGGGGCCCGGCAAUCUGCAUCCGAAAGCUAAGGUUGUCAGGAGUUGUAUAG